GCUAAGGGCGCCGUCCAUCAGGGGCCACAUUUCUAAAUACAAAAAAUAAUCCCACGUUAAUUAAAAUGCAAAAGUAAAGCCUAUUUAAUAGAAAUAUUAUUUGUUACAACAUUACGCCCCCUUCCCUUCCCGUAUCAUGACUCUUUGUGGACGUCACCACAUCAAAAAAAUCAACACAAGAUGUCAAAACGGCCAAAACUGUCAGGUGCCCAGGGAAGAAAAAAAGAGAAAAGAAGAGGAGGAGAAACGAGAAAAGACAGAGGUAGCAGGAAUCUGGUUUGGCAGGAUCCCCAAAGGAAAGUCUGAGCGAGCAGAGACAAAUCCUGAAAGGCGGAAAAGAGCGAGCUAGUUUACCAGCAGAUGUUCCGUGUUCCACUUCAAGCCCUCGGAAACUGAUCCUUCCUGUGCUGGUUUUUGGAAGUCCCGCGGUCUUAGGACGGUUCGAGCCCCAGGGGGUUGCACCUUUAACCACCAGGCAAGUGCAGCGCAGGGAUGAACUGGUCUGGAUUGGAGAGUCUGGUGAGUGGAGUCAACAAGUACUCCACUGCCUUUGGGAGGAUCUGGCUGUCCAUGGUCUUUGUCUUCCGGGUGCUGGUGUUUGUGGUGGCGGCCCAGAGAGUUUGGGGGGAUGACAACAAAGACUUUGUGUGCAACACACGCCAGCCGGGCUGUACCAACGUCUGCUACGACCACAUCUUUCCCAUCUCCCACAUCCGCCUGUGGGCACUGCAGCUGAUUUUUGUCACCUGCCCUUCGCUGAUGGUGAUGGCUCACGUCAAAUUACGAGAGGGAAAGGACAGGAAAUAUGUGGCGCUGCACCCUGGCGGUUCCCACUUGUACGCAAACCCAGGCAAGAAAAGAGGAGGGCUGUGGUGGACCUACCUGGUUAGUUUGGUCUUCAAAGCUGGCUUCGACGUCGCAUUCCUCUACAUCCUGUAUCGGAUCUACCAUGGAUAUGACCUGCCAAAGCUAUCCAAGUGUUCACUGGCCCCGUGCCCCAACACCGUGGACUGCUUCAUUAGCCGGCCAACCGAGAAGAAGAUUUUCAUGGUGUUCAUGGUCACCUCCAGCGCACUGUGCAUCUUCAUGUGUAUUUGCGAGAUGGUUUAUCUCAUUGGCAAGCGCAUCGCCAAAUAUGUCAAGGCCCGUCACGAGAAUGAAAGAAUGCUUUUCGCCGACCACCACCUGAUGACCAACAUGGCCCCGCCCCGGUCACUGUACAGGAAGACUGAUCCGACACGCGACAGCAAACUAAGUUUAAACAAGAAAGAGAAAGCCAAAGAAAUUGGUGCAACGACCACGUUGUAGACGGAAAUAAAGGAUUUUUUUCUAUAACGCAUAUAGUUGACUGACUAAGAACACGCUGCGGGAGGUGGUACUUUCAAGAAGAGGAAUAGCCUUGCUUUGUUUGCUUCUUCUCUUUCAAAGAAAACCAUCCAGCAGAUGACUUUAAUAGUCCAAACAAUGAGGACUGUUGGAACUACUUGCACACCAGCAUUCAGCGUUAUUCCUUUGACAAAUCAAACAUGGCACUGAAAGGAUGGAGGACCUUUAAGGUGCCGUCACAGGUGCUUGUGCGGCUGACAUAAGAACGACAAUCCCCUAACCGAAUGAAUCAUUGAGAACACAUCAUACACAGUGGAACCUCGUUUACGGCGACUUGCCCUCUGAGUCCAUAGAGUCAUCAAGUCCAGGUUCAUCGUGUGCCCGUUUAAGUCGACGUAGAAAUAGUUGUCAACCGCUUUUGUCGGCAUUAAACACGACAUCAUUUCAAUAGAAAAUCAGUCAAUUUAUGUGUUUCGGAAAAAGCAGUUUUGUCAUAGUCAAUGAAGAUUUAAAUUAUGCCCAAAUGUCAACAAUCUGUCUCUGGUGAAAGGCCCAAGUAAAUGCGCAAGCAAUGGCUAAUACGUCAACAACCGCUUACGUCGACGCAAGUCAGACAAUCCGAGUGAUGUCGGCCGAAACAGGUUUCUCUGAAGCCCCCUAAAAAAAAGCAGUACGUUGGAGGAGUUUCAUCUUCAUGAACACUUUUAUGAUUUUGUUCAGGCUAACAAAAUGCAGUAAUUCAUAUUCACGAUUUUAUGUUUACGCACCACUACAAUGGAAGGAUUUAUUUCGAAACAUUCAACGUGUAAUUCAAUCUAGACUUUCGGUAAUGUUGUUAUUGUCUUAGAAUAUCCAUCCAUCCAUUUUC